GCCUAGGUAGAUUAAACCACCUUAAUUGUAUAUUCAUGAAUCUGCCAGCAAAGUGAUUAUCUUUCAUAUAUUUUAUACAUUAAUUCACUGUCUAGGUGAUUCCACUACGAUCACAAACUGUAUCUCCAAUAACUGUCUCAUUAUGCAUGCAUUGAGGAAUCAUUGUACUGUUUAAAUAUCUGCUCCAUUUUAAUCUUCACAGUAAACAGAUGCAUAGCACUAGUUGAAGGAUAAUACAUGUAUGUACAGUACUGAAUUAAAGUGCCUCUAAUAGUGGAUUUCUGAAAUACAGGGUAUGGACGGAAUACUUAAACAAGUGUUCCUUCUGUUGCUGGGACUAACCAUAUUAGUUUUUAGCUAUAUUUGGAUAUGGGGUGGUCAAACUUUGAAAAUGAACCCCAGUUAUACCAUCCCAUUUAGCCAAAUUGGCAAACCAAAGACUUGGAAUCAGUUUGGAUCAGUUAAGGAUAUUGAAGAUCCCCCAGUACAUCAGUAUCAGGGAAAGUGUGCGAAAGAGAGUUCUGAGUUAUCUCAGCUGUCAUUCAAACUGUUUCAGACGAUUGAAGCAAUAAUGAACCCAGCGGACUGUUCGAAAGCGAAAUAUCUAUUGUGCGAAUGGCCUUAUAAGGAAUGGGGCCUUGGAUCAAUGAUGCACCAAAUAAGUUAUUGUUUCUCUGUUGCCUUAGCAACCAAGAGAGUGUUGUUGAUAAAAGCGAAGUUGAAGUUCAUUCCUCAUAGUUGGGACUAUUACUUGUUGCAACCUAGUACUAAAUGCUGGGAUUUUCAAUACACAAACUAUACAUUAUGGUCUCACUUAGAGAAUAUUGAGAAGAGUAAUGUUCAAGUCGUGCAGAUAUUACUGAGGAAAGGUGCAGCGCCUGAAAAUGAAACGUGGCCCAUGCCACUUCCUGAAAACUUAAUGAAAAGUAGUGCAUUAUGGUACAAACUCACCCAACUUCACCAAUCACCUGCUUUGUGGGUGAUUGGGCAAUUGAUGGGAUACCUCAUCCAGCCUUCCCAAUCCUUCUCUCAACAGCUAGAGGAUCUCAAACUGGCGAUAGGCUUCGUACAUCCAAUAAUUGGAGUCCACAUACGGCGCGGUGACAAGAUCAGACAAGUCAAACCAACUCCCACUUACAAAUACAUUGAACGCAUUGAAGCAUACAUUAACCAAUUAGGUUACAGGAUUUCUAACGAUAAAGUGCCAUCUAUAUUCAUCGCAUCAGACGACAGAACGCUGAUUGGUCAGAUCAAAGAAAACUACACGCAGUAUAACUUUGUUUAUGUGCCCCCUAAUUUUCCCGAAACACCCAUAGAUUUCAUAUUGUUCGAUAUUCUGCUUCUGAAGGAAUGUGAUUAUUUCAUUGGAACAUUUACAUCUAAUAUUGGUCGUCUUGUAUACGAGCUACAACAGAGUAUGUAUUCAGAUACAAGUUGCCUGGCAGAAUCAGUAGAUUACAACUACAUGACAGCCUAUUGUUGCGGCAUAAGUCAUAAUCAGCAGAUGAUGGGAUACUUUAAAUCGAAUUGUUCUACCAGGCAACAAUACGAUAUAGUCAAAGCAUGCAAUAAAGUGUCAGUGUUCCAUCCUUGAACAUUUUUAAUGAAAAAAUAAAAUAUCACCCAACUCAACUGAAUUGAU